AUGCAGCACGUGCGGUGGAGGCUGAGGUUGAGACUUUGCGCAGCAGCAUCAACUGCUCCAUCGUCGCCGAUCACCGCCGACAGGGACCUUGAGGAGCUGGCGAGAGGAAGGGCGUGGGAGCGGACAACACAGUGGGUAGCAGCCCACCCCCAUGGCGGCGGUGGUCUAGGGGACCGCGCACCCACUGAUGGUGCCCCAGGCGGGGGCGCGCGCGGCAACGGUAGCCCAGACGGGCGCAGGCCUGCUGGUGGCAGCCCAGAGUACGCACGCCACGAUGGCUACCCUCCCGGUGGUGGUGGCCGGAUCUACGAAGAGCGCAGCCCUCACAGGGACUUUAGUCCCGGUGGUGGGUGGCCUACCCUCACCAAGACCAACUACAUCAAGUGGGCCGCGGUGAUGAGGGUGAGGCUCCAGCGGACUGCCAAAGAGGCCUGGGACGCCAUCGCUGCAGCACGCUUCGGCAACGACCGCACCCGCAAGAGCACACUGCAAGCACUCCACAAGGAGUGGGAGAACCUGGCCUUCAAGCCAGGUGAGGACAUCGAUGAUUUUGCCCUCUGUCUCAACACUCUGUUGCAGAAGAUGGUGCAGUAUAGCGACGACACAUACAACGAGGAGAGAGCUGUCGAGAAGCUCUUCCGCUGCAUCUCAGAGAAGUAUAAGCAGAUCGCUCGCUCCAUCGAGUCUCUGCUGGACCUCUCCAUGAUGACGAUUGAGGAGGCGAUUGGUCGCCUCAAGGUCGUCGACGGCGAUGAGCCACAACCCCUCUCUGAGCCCAUCACCAUUGGCGGGAAGCUCCAUCUCACUCGGGAGCAGUGGGAGGCCUGCCAGGGUGAUGGGAAAAAGGGGGAGUCCUCCUCGGUUGGUGGCCACAAGCACCGCAAUCUGCGCAAGGGGCGCGGAGUCGUCCAGGUCAGGCUGCGAGGACGCAUCCAGGGUGGAGCCCACGGAGGCGUCCAGGGCGGCACCACCGGCAACCGUAGGCUGACGCGAGACGACGCUUGCUGCAACUGUGGCAAGUCUGGCCACUGGGCCAAGGACCGCCGACAACCACGACAAGGCCAAGCCAACGCCGCACAAGUGGAGGAGGAAGGACCGGCCCUGCUCCUGGCACACGCAAGCAUCGAGCUAUCUUCAACGGCACCGGCCGCAUCGGCUUUCCUCCACCUAUUAGAGCCGAAGGCACGCGCCCUUCUUGGCGACGGCUCCAACAACGACAAGACUGAUGGGUGGGUCCUCGACACCGGGGCCACCCAUCACAUGACCGGCCGACGGGAGUUCUUCAUCGAGCUUGAUCCCAGCGUCCGAGGCUUCGUCAAGUUUGGGAAUGCCUCUGGAGUGGAUAUCAAGGGCACCGGCUCCGUCAUCUUCACCACCAAGUCCGGCGAGCACAGGCUACUUACCGGAGUCUACUACAUCCCCGCGCUGAGGAACUCCGUCAUCAGCAUUGGACAGUUGGAAGAAGAGGAAGGCUCAUGCGUGGUGAUCAAGAACGGAGUAGCACAACCCGUGUGCCUCGCCGCCCGCCAGGACAACGAGGCGUGGCAGUGGCACGAGCGCUUCGGCCAUCUCCACUUCGAGGCCCUAAAGUGGCUCAGUACCAAGGAGAUGACGAGCUUCCGAGCCAAGGAGCGGCUCGAGUUCGUGCACGGGGAUUUGUGUGGCCCGGUGACUCCGGCCACACCAGGAGGACGACGCUUCUUCUGGCUGCUCGUCGACGACCUCUCCCGCUACAUGUGGGUGACGGUCCUUGGUAGCAAGGGAGAGGCUGCGGACGCCAUCAGGCACACGCAGGCUGCUGCGGAGGCGGAGUACGGCCGCAAGUUGCGCGUCUUGCGCAUCGACAACGGCGGCGAAUUCACGGCGGCUGAAUUCACGUCGUACUAUGCCGAUGAAGGUAUUCAUCGUCACUACUCCACACCGUACAGCCCGCAGCAAAACGACGUCGUUGAGCGGCGCAACCAGACGGUUGUGGGGAUGGCUCGAGCCCUCCUCAAGCAGAGAGGAAUGACGCCGUACGAGGCUUUGCAUGGGCGCAAGCCAUCGGUCUCCCACCUGCGAGUCUUCGGCUGCCUCGCGUUCACCAAGGAGCUUGGCCACAUCGGCAAGCUCGACGACAGGAGCACCCCAGGGGUGUUCAUCGGCUACACGGAGGGCUCGAAGGCCUACCGCAUCCUUGACCCAGAGACAGCGUGUGCGCACGGCGCGCGACGUGGUGUUCGACGAAGGGCGAGGAUGGACAUGGGACAAGACGGUGGACAACGACUCUACUCCAACGUACGACGACUUCACUGUCGAGUACAUCCACUUCAAGGAAGCUGGGGGAGUGGGCAGCUCCCCUUCACCGAGCGUGCCUAUCCCAGUCUCCGAGUCUCCACCAACUCCGGCACCCGCCACUUCGACAGCGCCACGCUUUCGAGCCACGACUUUGGCUGCGUCGAGCUCUUCGCCGACACCACCACAGCCAGCGACCCCACGCACUUCGGCGCCAACAGCCACCCCUCAUGGCACGUCCACACCAACACCAGCUCACGUCGAGCGUAG